CGCCGAGCGGCAGCGAGCGCCGGGCCCCCCCCCGGCCCCCCCCUCCCGCCAUGUCGGUGAACAUGGAGGAGCUGCGGCACCAGGUCAUGAUCAACCAGUUCGUGCUGGCGGCCGGCUGCGCCGCCGACCAGGCCAAGCAGCUCCUGCAGGCGGCCCACUGGCAGUUCGAGACUGCUUUGAGUGCGUUUUUCCAAGAAACGAACAUUCCCAACAGCCACCACCACCACCAGAUGAUGUGCACCCCCAGCAACACGCCGGCCACUCCGCCCAACUUCCCGGACGCCCUCGCCAUGUUCUCCAAGCUGCGCACCUCCGAAAACCUCCAGAGCAGCAACAGCCCCAUCACCUCCACGGCCUGCUCGCCGCCGGGCAGCUUCAGCCCCUUCUGGGCCUCGUCGCCCCCCAGCCACCAGCCCGCCUGGCUGCCGCCCUCGUCGCCCACGGCGCACGGCUUGCACCACCACCUGCACCACCCGGCGCCCGCCUGGCCCCCGGGGCCGCAGCCCGCCGGCCCCCCGCAGCAAGCCGUGGCCACGAUGGACGCGCAGAGAUAAGGCUCGGCGGCGGCACGGCGGGGGGACGGGGCUGGGGGGGGGGCAGAGCGAAGGUCCGGGAGAUCAGGCCAGGGCGUUCGGAGCAGGGCCAGGGGCUGGGGGGGGGGGGGAAUCGUUCCUGAGAAACGCACUGGAAUCAUUUUCUAGGUUUUAUUCUUAUUUUUCUGCGGGUGGGGGUGAAGGGGGGGGAGGGCGCUGGCCCACGACAGCCUCCUUGCGAGAGUUGCUAACUGGUCUUUUCUCCUCUUUUUUUUUUUUUAAUAUAUAACUAUAAUAUAUAAAUAUAUCUAAUGUAUAUAAAGCCAGAGAGAAUGAGCAGCGGACGGGUUGCUGAUGGGCUGAUCGCCCCGCGGGAGAGGGGGCACCGCGCGGCCCCCCCGGCACGGCUCCCACGCGCUGGGUCCGAGCACCCCACGGUCGCUGGGAUGCACAGAAAGAAAGGGAGGACGGGGAAAGGAAAACAAGGAAAAAAAAAAAAAAAAGCUGAAAACCUCCCAACCCCCCCAAAUCAGUGGAUUUUCAGCCCCCCUGGCUGCAACGGUGCUGCGCCCGCGUGCCACGGCCCUUUCCCGCGCCCCGGCUCGACGCGCCGGCUCUGGAUUUUCCUGGACGCUUGUUGCCGCGACUAAAACCCAGCGACCCUCCUUCGGCUUCCGAAACGCCUCCCGGCUCGUCGCGCGGGCGCCCCCACCGCCCUCCCAUCCCGUCCCCUCCCCGCUGUUGGGGAAGCUGAGCCGGGGGCUGUGAUUUAGCGAGGGACCCCCCCCACACACACCGCUCCGCGGCCGCCCCUUGGGCUCUGCCCGGGGGGGGAGGGAAGGGGGGGGGCCAGGUGGGGGGGGAGAACCGGGUGGGUAUUUUUUAGUUUUCAAAUGAAUCUUGCUUAAAAAAAAAACAAAACAAAAAAACACAACAAAAAAAAACAGGUUGAAGGUUUUUUAUUAAUUUAAAAAUAAAAUUUAAAAAAAGAAAAAAUCACUUUUUUAAACAC